AUGAAGUUAAGAAACAGACUUUCGCCAUUGACAAUUUUUCCUCUCAUCAAGGCCUACGAGAAGAUCGACAACGCGGAGGAGAGAAGACGGGUGGCACGGGAGAUCUACGACAAUUUCAUCAUGAAGGAGCUCCUGUCCAACACGCACGGAUACAACAAAGAUUCGGUGGCAUACGUACAAAAACAUCUUCAAAAAAACGAGGUUCCUACAGAUUUAUUUGAGCCCUACAUAGAAGAAAUAUUUACGCAUUUACGCGGGGAUCUUUUUGACAAAUUUGUCGAAAGUGACAAGUACACAAGAUUCUGUCAGUGGAAAAACCUAGAACUGAAUAUCCAGCUCACCAUGAACGACUUCAGCGUGCACAGGAUCAUCGGUCGCGGCGGCUUCGGGGAAGUGUAUGGCUGCCGCAAGGCCGACACGGGGAAGAUGUAUGCCAUGAAGUGUCUGGACAAGAAGCGUAUUAAGAUGAAGCAAGGAGAGACUCUAGCACUAAAUGAACGCAUCAUGCUAUCUCUAGUCAGCACGGGGGUUGAUUGCCCCUUCAUUGUGUGUAUGACCUAUGCCUUCCACACACCAGAUAAGCUGUGUUUUAUAUUGGAUCUGAUGAAUGGGGGUGAUCUCCACUACCAUCUCUCACAGCAUGGUGUCUUUAACGAACAAGAAAUGAGAUUCUAUGCUGCAGAGGUGAUACUAGGCCUAGAACACAUGCACCGGCGAUUCAUUGUAUAUCGAGACCUUAAACCAGCAAACAUACUUUUAGAUGAACAUGGGCACGUUAGGAUAUCAGAUCUGGGAUUGGCUUGUGAUUUCUCUAAAAAGAAGCCUCAUGCAUCUGUAUUUUUUAGGAAGAAAAUCUUGUUGAUUCAAAAUGUGGAACUUCCUGAUACAUUUACACAAGAACUCCGGUCCCUUUUAGAAGGUUUACUUCACAGAGAUGUUGACAAGAGACUGGGCUGUAAAGGAAGAGGGGCUGAUGAGGUUAAAGAACACCCUUUCUUCGGAGGCUUGGAUUGGCAGCAGGUCUACCUCCAGAAGUACCAGCCUCCUCUCAUCCCUCCAAGGGGAGAAGUCAAUGCUGCCGAUGCCUUUGAUAUUGGGUCUUUUGACGAGGAGGACACCAAAGGCAUUAAGUUAAUGGAAGCAGACCAGGAUCUUUAUAAAAACUUUCCAUUGGUAAUAAGUGAAAGGUGGCAAACUGAAGUGGCAGAAACAGUAUUUGAGACAAUCAACCAGGAGGCAGAUAAGGUAGAACAUAAACGUCGAGCAAAACACAAAUUUAAGUUUGACACGGAUGAGAAAGAAUCAGAUUGUAUAAUCCAUGGCUACAUCAAGAAGCUAGGUGGGCCUUUCACCUCUGCCUGGCAGACCCGUUACGCCAAGCUUUAUCCAAACCGUGUGGAACUGCAUUCGGAAUCCAGCUCAGGCAAACCUGAACUGAUCUUCAUGGACCAGAUUGAUGAAGUGUCGUCAGAUUUUGUACAGAUAAAGGGGGAGAACUGUAUUGUCCUCAAGACGAAAGACAGCAAGAUUGUCCUGACAAAUCCUGAUGAAAUUGGCCUUAAGGAAUGGUCGAUAUCUUUGAGAUCUGCACACAAAAUGUCUCUGGAGCUUCUAAGCAAUAUGGCAAAGAAGGCUGGCAGAAUCUAUGGGACAGAAGGGAACAACAAGCCCUCUUUCAUGGCUCGCAAUGGCAAUGGCAACUGAGCGCCGAGGAUAGGGCCCAAGUGGACAAGUGUGCUGUGUGUUAUUAUUUUGACCAACCAUGAUUCUCAAAAGAACCAGAAAACUGUCAAGACACUGGCAAACAUCUUCCUCAUUAUUCAUGUACAGAGUUGAAAUAACUUCCAUGAGUGAAGAUCUGUUUGGUAACCAGGGUUAUUUCUUGCACAAAAUUUAAUGUCAUCUGGUCCUUACUUCAGCACAGAAAUAUUCAAUUAAUGAGUCCUACAAAUAAAACACAGGUGAUCUUGAAAGUAAACUGUGAUUAGAUUAAGAAUGAUCUAUUCAGAGUGAAGGACAAUUCAUAGGUUAUUUUUGUCCCUAGGCUUCAUGAUUCUAAUGUCCUGUAGAGAGCUUCUCGGUUCAUGUAUGAGAAAACAGUCAUUCCAUCUGGUUUCAUAGAACCCUUUGAAGUUUGUGAUAUAGAUUCUCAAGAAAUACUUUUUUAACAGUGAGUCUUUUAUGAAGAUGUAACUUAUGGUGCAUUGGUGAAAACAAAGAGUUCAGUCAGAAAAGGAAUAAAAGGAAUUUACCUAUUUUCUUGGAUUGACUGUACAUUUAGCUUGAUAAUGUAAUGUUGCUACCCUCUGCAGUUGUGUACAUUUAUGUGUCUAAAGGAAAGGGUUCAAGAUUUAAAAUCAUACCAUGCCUAUCUCAUGUUUCAUAGGCUGUAGUAAGACUGGGAUACAUGUAGGUGGAAAGAUAACCAUGUAACAGUUCUCCUGUUGCUUGUUGUACUCCAAAGGAUACUUUGAUCCUCAUUGUUCAUUUGAUGUAAAGAAAUGAGGUGGAGUUAAUCUUUGGACUUUUUAAGUGUUCACAGCUCUAUUUUUGUGCCAGAUGAUAGGAAUGAAUCUUUAGGAUUAACUGUUACACUGACACUGUGAUGUCUUACUAAGUGAGUGUGAGAUGAGAUGUGGGAUUAACUUAAUGUGUUGCCAGUGACAACAUGAGCAGUAAACCCCUAUGGUGGACCUGUUGCCAGCUUCUCUUGUUGACACUUUGUCAACUUUGGUGUUGGUAAAAAAAAAUUUCCAUGUUUGUGGUGUUUGUGUUUCCUUCAUUUGUGUGCACGUCAUUGUGCUGCUGUGAGAGUGAUUUAUGUACAUGCAUCAUCUCAGUAACACAUAAGAUUCUUUUAAGAUUUUACUUGAACAGUUACAGUAAAGUGGUACUGCAAGGUGCAUCCGAACAUGUACGCACAACCUUCCUCAAGCAGUGUUGGUGGACCUUGUGCACCAAACUCUAUGCUUGUGAUGAUUAUUUAGUACAGUUUUCCUGUGCUAUUUAGCAAAUACAUUUUGAUCCUUGUGAUAAUUGUGCAUUUUCCUGUCAUGGUGUCAACUGUGAAGCUGUGCAGUACUGUUCAAGUGAAGUACAAUAUCCAUGGCGGGAAUGACUAUUGUGUAUAUUGUCAAGUUUUGUCAGGAAACUGGUCACAAAGGCUUCCUCCCUAUCAUACUUGGAAGGAAAUCAGGAACGGGAAAACCUCACAUUUUUUGACUAUUAUAUAUCCUAUCUGGCAUGUGAAGUGUCUUAUAUGCACCUUAAUACUAUAUAAUUUUCAUUGUAAUUAUGAAAGCGUUAUUAAAUAAAUGAUGAUUUUAUUAA